GAGUGAUGACUACCUAGUUUCAUCAACCGAAGUUCUCGCAUUGAAAGAGAAGAACAAAAGGCUCACGCGACAGCAACGUGACAUGAGAGAGGAAAUACUUUUCCUGAGGGAAGAAGUCAGGUCACUGCAGCGGUGCCUAGAAUCACUUGAUGCGCCUGGGUCUGCAUCCAGAGAUACGCUGGAAACACCAGCAGUUGAUGCUCUGAGUACAGAACCUCCAGAUAUGCCAUCAACCCCAAUAGGUGUCCAUCUUCAACAUUUCGUUUGUCUGCAUGCGUAUAGCUCAGGUGCAGUGUCCCCGAGUACCGGAAUUCUAUUGCAGCUGAUGCUGAGAGAUUCCCACCCCCAGGUAUGGCUGCAGUGUGGUGAUGUUCAGUUUUUCCUUUUUUGCAUGACCAUACAUAAAAAUAGCUGCACCUUGUGAAUGUGAUGCUGUGGAGCUGGUACGAGCGCGUGGACAACACUCCUGGACAUGCUGCAAAUAAUGAUAUUGAAUUUGCAUAUCAUGAUUAUUUAAAACUAGCUACCCCCUGUCAAGAUGACAGAGCAGACUCUUUGCUGGCACAAGGGCAACGUCCCCCACACUUAUCUACUCGGGCGACAGAGGGCAAGCACAGAAGCAAGAUGUCUGCGCUUCCGCAGGAGCUAGUGGGAGCCAGGUGUUGGCAGAAACCCCUCUGGCAUGUGUACCUCAAGGUACAUACAAGGAUUUCAGCUACACUGAAGAUGGAUCUUUUCAUCUGUCCAGGGGCAUUGUCAUCAACAGAGUUGCUGCCGGAAAAAUUUUUGCAGACAAAAAGCCCACAGUUGCUGCCAAAGACAUCGCACAAGCAGUGUGGGGACGAGAGGUCCUCAUGACACGGUCCGUGAGUGGACAGCUGCCUCCAAAGCAGCGGCAUUCGGGGAUGGAGCCGAAGCAGCCCUUAACACCAGAGAAGAUAGAUAUCGUUACAGAGGCCCUGCGCCACUGGGGUGACAAGAAGGGGAUACCAACAGACAGUGUGGUCAAGAAC